AGAAAGAGGCAAGGGGCAGCGGAGGAGAGAUGUGAGGAGGGAGCCGCGGAGGAGGGAGGCCGGGAGUGUGAAGGGGUACGAAGCGAGGAAAGAGUGCGCUGGGAAGACAGUGCAGCCCCUGGAGGGAUGGGCCCCCCGGCGGCGCUGGUCCUGCUGGUGCUGCCCGUGCUGCCUGUGCUGCGGGCCCUGGAGCUGGGGGCUGGGGCCGGGGCUGGAGUUCGGGGCAAGGAGGCGGGGGUCGGCCCGGGCCGGGGCCGCGGGGAAGACAAGUUCUCGGCACUGCAGAGCGUGGAGCGGGCGCUGGGUCCGGAGCGGGAGCUGCUGCGGCUGCUGGAAGGCUACGUGCGGGGUGAGGAGGCCCGUCUGCGGGACCUGCGCAGAUUCUACAACAAGGUCCUCUCUUUGCACAAGGGGUCAGCUGCCCCUGUGGGUAACCCUCUGCUGGCCUACACCCUUAUUAAGCGGCUACAGUCCGAUUGGAGGAAUGUUGUCUACAGCCUGGAAGCCAGUGAGAACAUACGAGCCUUGAAGGACGGCUAUGUGAAAGUGGAGCAGGACCUCCCAGCCUUUGAGGACCUGGAAGGGGCAGCCCGGGCCCUGAUGCGUCUACAGGAUGUGUACAUGCUGAGUGUGAAAGGACUAGCACGUGGGGCUUUUCAGAGAGUCACCGGCUCUGGUGUCACUGACUUGUACAGGCCCAGCCAGGCUUUUCCCCUCUCAGCAGAUGACUGCUUCCAUGUGGGUAAGGUGGCCUAUGACAUGGGAGAUUACUACCAUGCCAUCACAUGGCUGGAAGUGGCUGUCAGCCUUUUCCAAGGCUCCUAUGGGGAGUGGAAUACAGAGGAUGAGGGGAGCCUAGAAGAUGCUCUGGACUACUUGGCUUUUGCUUAUUUCCAGGCAGGAAAUGUUUCUUACGCCCUCAGUCUCUCCAGAGAGUUCCUUCGCUACAAUCCAAAUAACAAGAGGAUGGCCAGGAACAUCCUGAAAUAUGAAAGGCUGUUGGCAGAGAAAUCCAAUAUGACAGGACCUGAGGUGACCAUCAAGAGACCUAAUGUCCCCCACCUACAGACUAGGGACACCUACGAGGGACUGUGCCAGACCUUGGGUUCCCAGCCCACCCACUACCAGAUCCCAAGCCUCUACUGUGCCUACGAGACCAACGCCAGCCCCUAUCUGCUGCUCCAGCCUGUGCGGAAGGAGGUCCUCCACCUGGAGCCCUACAUUGUCCUCUACCACGACUUUGUCAGUGACUCUGAGGCCCAGAAGAUUAGGGGGUUUGCAGCACCCUGGCUGCAGCGGUCGGUGGUGGCCUCCGGGGAGAAGCAGCAACAGGUGGAAUAUCGCAUCAGCAAGAGUGCCUGGCUGAAGGACACUGUGGACCCGAUGUUGGUAUCCCUAGACCGCCGCAUUGCAGCCCUCACGGGCCUCAAUGUACAGCCCCCCUAUGCUGAGCACCUCCAGGUGGUGAACUAUGGAAUUGGAGGACACUAUGAGCCUCACUUUGACCAUGCAACGUCACCAAGUAGCCCUCUGUACCGAAUGAACUCUGGGAACCGGGUUGCAACCUUCAUGAUCUAUCUGAGCUCGGUGGAAGCUGGAGGAUCUACAGCCUUCAUCUAUGCCAACUUCAGUGUCCCAGUUGUGAAGAAUGCAGCCCUGUUUUGGUGGAACCUUCACAGGAGUGGUGAGGGUGAUGGAGACACAUUACAUGCUGGCUGCCCUGUCCUGGUUGGAGACAAAUGGGUGGCCAACAAAUGGAUCCAUGAGUAUGGGCAGGAAUUCCGCAGACCAUGCAGUUCAAAGCCUGAAGACUAGUCUGAGUGCAGAGGCCUCCUCCUGGGAGCUAGAAGACAAGAUCUGACCCAGGGACUUUGCAGUGUGUGUGGUAGAGGGUGGGGGAGUCAUCCAGCGGAGUCCCAUUGGAAGAGUGAAGGUCAGCAAUGGCUUCUGGCAGAUGGGAUGAGAAGCAAAGACCACAAUGAUCUCCAACUCCCUUUACCUUAGAAUUUAUACUUGGAGCUCCACUUUGGGGCUGAGACAGAGGAGCACGGUGAGAACAAAAGGGAGAAUGGGAGAGGAAAGCCAUUGUUGGGUUCAGUGCCCAUUGCUGGGAACAGUAGACCCUGAGGCUUGGUCCAGGGUAGAGCUCUGUAGGCUGAGACUAAGCUUGAUUUAGUAUGAGCUGAGUGACGGCUCAAAACCUGAUUUGGGUAAGGGGGCUAGGGUGAGGAGAGAAGAGGAGGCUUCGGUGCUAAGUCAGGGGAAAUGUCUUUUUAGAUCUCUUGGUAGAGAUAUGGGAAACUGAACUGCUCUUGCCAGUCCCGUUCAUGCACAGCUGUGACGAUGGCCACCUUCAGGGGGAGUUGGCAGUGGUUCGCAUGGCUCCCCCAGCCCUGGUCCUGCGCAGAUGCUGCCUGAAGCCAGAGGCCUAGAGCAAAGGCAGCAUCACCCUUUUGUGGGUAUCUUGGGAGGGAACUCAGAAUCACAUCUUGCCUGAACCGGAAUUCACACGACAACAUCCCUGACUAGUGCUCCUCCAGUCUCUUCUGGAAGACCUUCAAUAAUGGGGAAAACUAACUACCUCAUGAGGCAGCACACUCACUUUGAGACAGCUCGAACCAUUUUUCCCUCUUUGGAGCUAAAAUUCAUCUCUGCCACCCACUGCUCCUAGAAUAUCAGUGAGGCCCAGCAGAACUUGCCUAAUCCCUAUUACACGUGAUAGCUUUUCCAAAUACUUGGAGAUGCCCUGUCUCCCUUAUCUUCUCUUUUCCAGGCAAAACAUCCCCAGUUCUUUCCAAUGGUCCUUACAUGGCGUGGCUUUGAGCAUACUCACCAUUCUGGUUGCCUUCCUCUGGACCUACUCAAGUGAUCUGAGGUCCUUCCUGAAAUGUGGUCCUUCCUGAAAUGUGGUCCCAGAAGGUCCCAGGCACAAUACCUCAGAAGGGAACUGACAGGUAGACAGUUCAGUGGGACUAUCAGCUCCUUCCCUCUUGGGCCUCUGUCUCUAUGAAUGUGGGCCAAGAUCACAUUAGCUUUGGGGCUAUCACUCUUUUUUUUUUUUUAUAUUGAGCUUGCAGUCUCCUAAAAGAUCACAGCAGAGAGACUGAGAAACAUCAGCAAGCCCAGGAGACACUUGGCUUGUACCACACCUAGACCUCAGGGCAUCAACUCUGUCACUUCCACAUUAUCACUAGACCACAACAGAUCCUAAAUCCAAACAAGGUCCAAGACAGAAAAAAGCUGAUACUUUUCCAAGGCCAGGAGAUGGGGCUGAUUUUCAGCCUGCUGACUUGGAUUAGUAAUCUCAGGGGCUCAGCCCUCUGAGCAGAGGUGCCCUUCCAGGAGGGAAACUCACCGACAACUCUUCCUUCUCUUCUCUCCCCUGCUAUUCCCUGGGCCAUUGGCCUAGAAUAAAUAAUGAACAUUUUACUAAUAUUUUGAACAUAAACAGUGCCUUUCUUCCACGGACCAAAAGCAUUUCAGUCAGCUGGCAGGCACAUAUUGAGUCCUCACUGGAUGCAGAGCCCCACAGAGAAUCCACAAGAUGACACAUUCCCUGCUUUUGAGGAAUUCCAAGUUUCUCUGGAGAGAUAGCACAUACAUAGACUUAGAUCUUAAUGCUGGAAGGACCCUUAGGAUAAAGGAACACUGAAUAUCAGAAUUGGAAGGGACCUUAUGCCAUAGAAUACAAUGUCGGAGUUGGACUAGACCUUAAAAAAUAUUAGACCAGAAAAUGUCAGAGCUGGAUCAAUCCUUAAAUCACAGAAUGUUGGAGCUAGAAGCAACUUUGGAACAUAGA